AUGGGCUCGACCGCGGCGUUCGAUAAGCAUGCCAAAAGUGCUCAUUUGCGGGCAAAUACAAUCGAUCUUGGAUAUUCGACGCUUCGGCUCGAAGACACUACAAUUGCGCUGAUCGACUGUCCUGGACAUGCCUCGCUUAUAAGCAAAGGCAUCGAACAACAAACUGCCGAGCAUCUCCUCAUCGUAUCGCUCCUGUGUCCCAAGCACGUCAUUCUUGUCAUCAAUAAGAUUGAUUUAAUAGACGAAGAAACGCUGGAGCAGUUGACGAGGCGUUGCAAGAAGGCAAUGUCCAGCUUGAAAAUAAGCGAUCCAGUGCCUGUUGUUUCCAUUUCAUUAAAAGAAGGCAAGGAACAAGCGGUUGAAGCUGUACUGAGAGCUCUGCGACUUGCGCUUUAUGCGCCUCAGCGAUGUUCUUCAGGACGUUUCGUCAUGUUUGUUGACCACUGUUUCCCGGUGAAAGGUAAAGGCGCCGUAAUGACUGGCACUGUAGUCGAUGGGGCAUGCAGGUGA